AGCGCAGACUGCUGGAUAUCUGCUGGAAACCACAGCUUCAGCUCCACCACAUAGUCCUUCCCCAGCAUUGGAUGACUGAAGAGGAAGAACUCUGCAGACAGCAGAGGGACUUCAGAGAGGAACAAGAAGAUCUAGAACCUCCACAUUUUAAAGAGGAGGAGGAUGAACAUGAACCUACAUACUAUAAAGAGGAGAUGGAGGAACAAGAACUUCCACAAAUUGAAAAGGAACAGGAAAUACCGGGACCUUCACUGAUUAAAGAGGAGCCAGAGGACCUUUUCAUCAGUCAGGAUGAAGAGCAACUUGAUCUAAAGCAGGAGAUUGAUUCCUUGAUGGAGAUUCAUUCUUAUGAGGAAAAUGACCACAGUGAAGUAGAUCAAAACAAACAGAAGAGCUUCAGUGUAACUGAGAGUCAGGAUGAAGAAGUAAACCAACAUGAAGAAUCAACAUCAACUACAGACCCACAGAACAGAGAUCAGAGGAAGAAAAGAGACAGAAGUCAUGUCCAAAGUGUGGGAAGCUCUCGCAUGUCAGAAAGUCAGUGUGACUCUGAUGUUAGAAAAAAUCUGAAAAAGACAACUUUGGUUAGGAAAUGCAAACAAUCUCCUAAAGAAAAGAGAAUUUGCUCUUUGAAGUCAAAAGAAAGCUCAAGAAUAAUUAGUAAUCUACCUGACUACAUAGAAACUGGUUCUGAUCAAAUAUGUUAUAUCUGUAGAGAAUGUGAUAAACGUUUUAGUCAAAAAUCUUAUCUCAAAACACACAUGAAAACACACACAGGAGAAAAGCCUUUUUCUUGUAAAGAAUGUGAAAAAAGUUUUAGUCAAAGACCUCAUCUCAAAACACACAUGAGAACUCACACAGGAGAAAAGCCUUUUUCUUGUAAAGAAUGUGGUACAAAAUUUAGUCACAAAUCUAGUCUCAAAACACACAUGACAACUCAUACAGGAGAAAAGCCCUUUCCUUGUAAAGAAUGUGAAAAAAGUUUUAGUAAUACAUCUCAUCUCAAAAUACACAUGAGAACUCACACAGGAGAAAAGCCUUUUUCUUGUAAAGAAUGUGAUGCAAGUUUUAGUCACACAAAUAGUCUUAAAAUACACUUGAGAACUCACACAGGAGAAAAGCCUUUUUCUUGUAAAGAAUGCAAUGCCACUUUUGGUCAACUCAGUAAUCUCAAAACACAUAUGAAAACUCACACAAAGGAAAGGCCUUUUUCUUGUAAAGAAUGUGAUGCAACUUUUGGUCAUACAUCAAGUCUCAAAACACACAUGAGAACGCACACAGGAGAAAAGCCCUUUUCUUGUAAUGAAUGUAAAAAAAGUUUUAAUCAAUUAUGCCAUCUAAAAACACACAUGAAAACUCACACAGGAGAGAAGCCAUUUUCUUGUAAAGAAUGUGAUUCAAGUUUUGGUCGUAGAUGUCAUCUUGAAUCACACAUGAGAACUCACACAGGAGAAAAGCCUUUUUCUUGUAAAGAGUGUGACAAAACUUUUGGUCGUAUAUGUCAUCUCAAAUCACACAUGAGAACUCACACUGGAGAAAAGCCUUUUACUUGUGAAGAAUGUGGUACACGUUUUAGUCAUAUGUUUUGUCUCAAAACACACAUGAGAACUCAUACAGGAGAGAAGCCCUUUUCUUGUACAGAAUGCAAUAGAAGUUUUACUCAUGUAUGUAGUCUCAAAACACACAUGAGAACUCAUACAGGAGAGAAGCCCUUUUCUUGUACAGAAUGUGAUAGAAGUUUUACUCAUACAUGUAGUCUCAAAGCACACAUGAGAACUCAUACAGGAGAAAAGCCAUUUUCUUGUACAGAAUGUGAUAGAAGUUUUAGUCAUGCAUGUAGUCUCAAAGCACACAUGAGAACUCAUACAGGAGAGAAGCAUUUUUCUUGUAUUAAAUCUGAUACAAGUUUAAGUCAGUUUCACGUCUCAAUGGACACAUGAAAACUCACAAAACUAAAGUCUUUUACUUGUCAAUAUAAUAAAUAAUUUAGUGAAAACUUUAAAUUCUAAAAUUCUCAUCAGAAGUCGACCUCUCAGCCUCUACAACAAAGCCAAAUGCUUUAUUUUACUGGUGGUGGUGGUGGUGGGGGGGUUUGUCCUGUUUCCCAGAUUUUAAACUAAGUUUUUAACGUUUAAAACUCCUGGUGUCAACUCCUAUAGUGAUAAUGAACUCAAUAGCAACCUGAGCUUUCAUUACAUGUACACAGCCAAAGGCUUCAAUAUCACAUAUAUGCAGCAACUCCAUUAGAGCGAGGCACAAGUUAGUAUUAAAUGUGUAGAAAUACAUUUUUCUUAAGACUUGAUAUGAUAUUCUAACAUUCUAGGACAUUUUAGAUUUUCAUAAUCUCUAAGUCACAAUAAUCAAAAAUAAAAAAGCAAUACAUUUCAAUCUAUGUGUAAAGAUACUAGACAAUGAGCUUUACUGCUGACAAAAUAUGUUACAGUUUUUCGCAAAAUGAAUUAUUAUAGAAGUACCUGUAAAUAGAAAUGUGUUGUUUUAA